UCUCUCAUUCACCAGUCCCACGCCAACCACGAAAGAGGGAGGUGUGCCGCUUCUCCUCCCGGGCCGCAUCACUUGCCGCUCCGUCACUCCCUCCCUUCACGCUCAGGAGAAAACAGACUGUGCAUUUUGUGGCGAGUGGAGAACUUUCCCCUCGCAGCCUUAAUUAAUACCUGUUGAAACCACUCGUCAGGUAGUUGAACCGAGAGCAAAAGGCGAGUAAGAGUGAGUGAGUGAAGUGGAGAUGAGGUGACGGAGUAAGUGAUUCGAUUAGAAGAGACAAGAUCGCACAGGUUCUCUCUCACUCUCUCCUUCAGGAUGGCGGGAAGCAAGCGACUCUGGUUCAACUGUUGCUGUGUAUUGCUGGCGGCGCUUCUAAGGAGAGGUUGCUGCGUGUGUUACUUCCCCGGGGAGCUGCAGGGCGUGUGGGAGACUCAGGUUACUAGUGAAGGAGGCGCAGGAGGAGGCGGGAGGGGAGCGGCGCCUUUCAUAAGCUACCAGAGCAUCACCAUUCACUCAGACGCCGUGCAGGAAUGGGGGACGUGCUGGGAGAGGCUGGACAGUACCGUCAUCCUGGCUGACAGUACGGGGGCAAGUCAGUGCUUCAGAUGUGUAAAUGUGCGGCUGGUGGCGGCUCAGGUGCUGCAGGUGUGGACUCCGGGGCUCCAGACCUGCUACACCACCAAGGAGGCAGCGUACCAAACCUGCCCCACACCUGAUCAGAUUGUCCAGAAGCGAGCCACUCUUCUGAUGCUUUACAAGAGUCGGUCGGUGUGGGGGGACAAGGAGGUGCGUGUGGUGGGGUGUCCCUUCGACGGGCGGUACACCUUCACCUACCAGCGGGCAGGCGGGGCGGAAGGCGCGUGUCCUCAGCCCACCUCCGAGAUAUCCAAUUGUCCUCUUGGCUUCGGGUACAAUGUCACCUACCGGGACUGUUCCUUCAGCCCCGUGCCUAUCAGUCGCGGUCUGCAGUGCCUCGGCUCUUGGCUGGGCGAGGACAACAUCAACUACCUGGCAGUGAGGGACACCAGCGCCACACCUGACCAGCCACACCUGCCGCGCUUCAGGUGUGGGAUGUUCAAGGAGGAGGCGGGCACGGCGCGUGUCUACCUGGCUCUCAGCAACGACACCACCUGUACCAAUGGACUGUAUUCUCCCACCAACGGACACGAGACCUACGUUUUAACCUCCGUGCCUGCCCCGCCCCUGCCUCCCAUCGUCAGCGCCUCCCCCUGCGCUUUCCCCCGGAGUCUCCAAGGGCACUGGCACCAUACCUACGUGGGCAGUGACACAGCGCUCUUCCGGGAUUACAUUAACCACAAGACGUACAGUGUGAGUUGCAUAGAGGACAUGAAUGACGGGGAGAGGUUCCUUGUGUACGCCCGCACCCACUGCGGGGAGUGGAGUUACAACUGUUUUUGGAUGAAACGAAGAAGCGCCAACAUUUUAGAACACAUGCUCGGUCGGUAUCCUAAGGAGACAUUCGAUCGCACUCUCUGUGAUCCUCGGAACUUCGGAGACAAGACAUCGUGGAUUACGCAAGGAAAGAGCCUGGUGGUGGAGCCCACCUCGUGUCCCAUCGUGGGCCGCUACACGGGCGACCUGCCUGACUCUUCCGGGAUCUGCGCGGAGCUCUACUCUGACUGCGCGUCGCCCAACUACAUGUCUUUCACUGUGGCGGAGUGCCGCAACAACUCGGUGGUCUACGAGCAGUCGCAGCUAGCGGGGCCCACCAGCGAGGCAGGGCCGUGGGUGCCGCCCGAGCAGCAGGUCAGCACGGGCGCCGUCCUCACCUUUGUCCAGGAUGCCCGCGUCCCGAGGCGAGGCAGGCAGGCCAGGCAGGCCAGCGGGGGACAGUUCCGUGUGGCCAACGCCCGCACCACCACCAUCUCCUGGCUGUGGGGCACCCCCGCCACCCCCUUCACCACCACCACCACCACCACCUCCACCACCACCACCACCGCCUCUCCUGCUACCUCCAGGUCACGCUUCCAUCCCGUGCCAACGUGGCGGCGACCCCUGUCCCCCGUACCUCCAGAAGACAGGUUCCCUGUCCAGGGCAGCGGCAGCGGCAGCAGCAGCAGCAGCACCUUCUCCCCAUCACCCCCGCAGCCCUCUCCGCCAUUCAACCGCGGCCUCAGCCCCAUUGGCUUUUGGCCCAACAACCCCGAAGUCGACACCCGCCCUCUUCCUCCUGGGGCAGGCGUGGCAGGUGUCCCAAGCCCAGUAGUGGAGCCUCCUCCGCUCCCUGAGGGCCAGUCUGAGGCACUGGGGGUGCCGGGGCGCGCCACGUGGGUACCCGGAGCUCCGCCUGGGUUCCACUCAUCUCCUAACACCACGGAAAGCAGCUCUUCGCAGGAAUCCGCGGCGGGGGUGGCCGGUCCCGUGGUGGUGCCGAGCCCCGGCCCUCUACCGCCAAAUGUCGUCUCUCAACUCCAUACCAGCCAACGCACCCUGAAGCAAGGUACGACCACCCUGGGCUCUCUUGAGUAUGCAUGGGAUGUGCGGCACCAGCUGCCCCGAGGCUACUGGCUGACCUCCGGGCCCAGCCACGGGCCUCCAAUCAACGGAAGCCUCGACGCCGCUGAUGUUGUCCAUGGGGAGGGAGGAACAGAGCAGGGGAACAGUACAGGGGUGAAGCAUGACGCGGGUGGGCCGGGGAUGCCUCCCCUUCCCCCCUUCCCUCCCCGGCCCGGUAGUGGUGGCAGCGAGCACUCUAGCACGUCCUCAUCUUUGUUUCUCGGCGGACCCAUCGAUGUCACCCAGGCCUCCACCACCGGGGGCUGGGAGGCGUCCUCGGGUCCGCCAUUGUCUUCCUUUUCUCCUGAGUUGUCCUUUGGGCAUGAACCUUUCGGCACCGACGCGCGGCAAGGCCCUGGACGCCAGGCCAACGAGCCCGUCCCGCGCAGGCGGCCCGGCGGCAGAGAGUCGUGGUCGCCGGACCGACACAUUGACCAGAACACCUCGCGGGGCGCUGACCGCAUGCAUGUAGGUUACCACGGCGGAGGGACGCACGGUCGCGGGCCUGCGAGCAACUCAGCUCACAGAGGAGGGCAAGGCCGCGCCGCCAGGCCCGCUGCGGGGACUGAUUGGUUUGAUGGGGCCAAGGGGAGAGUCCCGACGGCGGCGAGGGGCACUGCGACCCUCCCGACAGAGCGGGAGUACCAGUGUCUUGGGCAGUGGACGGAGGACAAGCGUAUCUACGCCCUCACCUUCCGUCGCGAUAUCAGAACCUACGAGUGCUUUGUGGGCGUGAUUCGGCCAGAUGGCACCGUGUUCAUCAAGGAGGCUGAGUCUGAGGCGGGUUGCUCAAGGGAUGUGCAACCUGAGGUCCUUGGAAUGAAGCUGCGUAAAGAGGAGGAGUGUCCAGAUGGUUCUCGGCAGCCCUUCACCAGCAUCCCACAAAGCUCCCAGCGGAGCUCCAGCUCCCGACCGACACCACGCCCCACCAAGCCGUGGAAACCCAUCACAGGUCGUCCUCGGGCCCGUGGUUCUGGUGGUGGCGGAACGAUCUCACCUUCCACCUCCCUUCUCUGCCUCUCCAUCCUCACACUCUUCGCCUCUCUUCGUUCCCUGGCCGGCGGCUCAUCUUAUUAGCCUCCAGACAGAAGCUCUUCCCUCCAAAAGACACUGGCCAGUCUCUUAUAAUAUCGAGUUAUUCAAGUGCUUUAUAAUAAUCGUGUUUAUAAAAAUAUGCGUGGUUACUUUUAAGAGAUUUCUAUCGAUUCAGGACGUGUUUAUUGUUUCGACGGCUCUGUAAGGUGUUUUAAGUCUCUACCGAGCCUGUACUUAAGAUAGUGUUAGGGUUAGAGCAUGGCAAAGUACUAUUAUACGUUGAUACUUUAAUAUUAUAGUUUCCUGGAGGCAGUUUCAUUAGUGAGGCGAACGUCCAUAGCUAACGUUAAUAUUAUCAUUGUAGUUUCGAAUCGAACGUUAUAAGCCAGCAUUAACACAAGACAUUUGCACAAUAUACCUAAGUCACUGAACUAGUCAACGUGGUUACUGAAGGGGGUAACUGAGGCUUUCCUGACGUAUAUACCAAAGCACAGUGCUGGUAGUGUGUGUGUGUGUGUGUGUGUGUGUGUGUGUGUGUAAUUUUAAUAUGCGCACCAUAGUUUGCCUUCCCACAGUUCACGAUAGACAUGUAUAUAUAACUUUAAUGGAACCUAUGCACUUCUAUAUCCAAAACUCAGCCUAUAUUUUAAUUUCCUUGCAUUUGAUUACUAGAGCAGCUGUACUAUGUUAUUAUGCUAUACUUGUAUUGUCCACCUUCUGAUAAUCACAGAGUCUUUUCAACACUUCCUCGCCGCUUCUUGUCACCUUAGUAAGACAUGAACGUGUAGUAAGAGUACCUCACAAACAUCCAUUUUUUUUUUUAACCUUAUGUAACUAUUAAUUUAUACACUACGUUUACCAUCCUAUCUCGAGAUAUGGAAUUUUCUGAAGUGUGUUGUAUUAUCGUUAGAAUGUCCAAGAGUGUGUGUGAGUGUGUGUGUGUGUGUAUGUGUGUGUAAAGAAAACGAGACUGAGUGAACUGAACGAAGCACGAAAUGAAAAUGAUCGGACAUGUCUUAAGAGUGACAGGACACAGUGAAGAUAGUAUAGGAAUUCAAUUGAUAAAGAAACCGACAGGAAAAGUUGGUUACCUAGGAUUAGAUGAAGGUGACGCAGGCCAUAAGAUGGAAGAACAACUGGAUGUGACAGAAAGCCCGUGGUACUACAAGGUGAGUAAUGUACUAACUUUCCGGGAAGCCUCGUCUGAUAUUUCCUGGUCUUCUUAAAAUCCUCAGGUGCAUGAUUAUUAUUCGAUUGUUGUUUUCUAGCGUGAUAAUUUAAGUGGAUGUGUUAAUUGUUACGUGUGAAGUAAAAGCUGGCUAUGAUAUGAGUGGACUGAUGACAGGAUAAACCGUGACAGGCGUGAUGAAGUGUACAUGAUUCACCCUUUUGAAAUCAAGUAGGGGGGAUAGGAAGAGUGUGUGAGGUAAUAAACUUUAAUCUCUCAUCCUUUAUUCCUUUAAAUGUUAUGUAUUGUAACCAUAACUGAAAUUUAACGACCAUUUAGUUCUCAAAGUAUUAUCCCAGGACAUUGCAUCUUAAACCUAACUUAUCUAGAACUUAUCAUAUUAAAAAAAAGGACCUGUAAUAACUACGUAUAUUGAAUUUAGAACUUAAAUUGACCAAUCCCCCAACUUCCCAAGAAUCUUGUCAAAACCAAAUUAAACCUAAGUCAUAUGAUCUUUACCGUACCUAAUUAUCAGAAAUUGAAAAAAAGUAGCCAAAUUGAGCGUAAUAUUUACAAUUCUUAUCUAACUGAAAGAAAAAGUUUUGAACUAAAUUGAACAUUGUGUAUAUGAGCCUUACCUAAUUAGAAAAGAAAAGCCAACAUAUAUCAAACCUGUCCCAGCUUUCUUAUUGUAACCAAAACAAAUUUUUAAUCUAACUUAAAAUUGACCCAUCUUCCAAAUAUAAUUCUAAUUAUUUUAACCUAACCUAAUCUACCACAACGCACACUAGCUAACCUCUGAAGUGUCCCCAUUUUCAUGUUGUCUGAGAAAAUUUUCAGUGGAGUAAUGAAGGUGGUAGGCAAAUCUCAAGUUGACCCAGGAAUACUAUACUUUGAGAUUUGUCUGGUACCUUCACUACUCAGCUGUCCAUGUAACUGUAUCACCAUUUUCAGUAGACCAUUGGAAUUUGCACCACCAUUCUUAUACUAAAGGCUGAAUUGUUAAAUGGAAAGGUUAUGGAAAUAAUGUGAAUGUAGAAUUAAAUGUGUACUGUAUGCCUAUAUGUUAGAAUGUAGAUGUGCAUUUCAAGGGAGCUUACUGUAAUAAUAUUUUGUAUCGGCACAUAUCCUUGGCUACAUGGAGAACCAGUACAAGGAAAAUUUGAGCAUAGUACCCUGGUUUAUUAAGGAGAGGAACCCCCUCCUGCCUACCAUACAUACAUACAAACAGUAUUAUUAUUCCUGCUACAUGUUAAGAUCAAAGCUUUACUGUUGAAUAUAUAUUUACCUAUAAGUUUUAUUAAAUUUUUACAUUGAAACCUAAUUUAAGAGUUUUACAAAGUGCCACAACAGAUGCACUGAUAGGAGCCUCACCAUUACCAGUGUGUGUGUGUCUGGAUGUCCUCCUUCGUUAUGUAUUGGCACUACCUACUUAAUACUUGCCUCAGAUGAUCUUCCAGUAUUGUAACGACAGACGAACACUCCUUUAGAACACAAUACAGUAAAACCCUGUCAUGGCGGACAUUAGUAAAGGAGGUUUAGGUCAAGGCAGGUGAGCUUAUCAAUAAUGCUUCACUAAGGAUGGAUGCUAACACUGGAUGCCAUAACUUGUUCCAGCUUGUCCAAGUGUUGAUAUUCCUAUGCUUGUGGAAGGCAAUGAGUGGAAUUAAUGUUUAGUGUUUCCCCUGCAAUAUGAAAUAGUUCACAAAAAUAAAACCACUACAAAAUUUCUAAAGUUACUUGCAGACAAAGAGAUAUGGGUUUAAAGGAUAGAUUUCACUGUCUAGCAAGUAAGAUGGUUUAGUGUUGGUUAUAAGACAGAAAGAAUUGUCUUGAGUGAUCUGGAAAUAUGGACUAAGUAACAACAAAAAAGUUAAGCCAUGUCUUGCUUCAGUUUCAAGCAUCACCAAGACACUGAAUUGAUCUGAAAGUAGGAAAAAUUGUCCUUGAGAAAUUAUCAUCUUGGUAGGACAGUUAAUAUAAAAUGUGCCUCUGUUUGUCAUUGGGGUUUCAACCUUGGUAGAACACUUAAGGUAGAAUUAAAAUACUUGACAUUUCUGGCAUCAUUACCUAAGAUCACCUUUUCAUAAUAACCCUGACUGCUAAAUGUGGCUCAUUUGUUGUUACUUGUCUUAGCCUUAACUGAAAUAGACUGCAAGAUUGUCAGGUAGUGAUGCUAAAUGCUGGAACAAUAAUUAAGGUUUUGCUCAGGAUGACGGGCUUAUCUCAGACACACUGUUUGUCUGCCUGGUUGGGGUUUUACUGUAUUUUAGGACUCGAUGUAAAUUGUAUAGAAUAUAUAUUUAUUAUCUGUUACAUUGAUUUUUUGUUUGUUUUUGUUUUUUUGCAUAUGAUUUUGUUCACUGUAUAAAUUAGUAAUUAAUAAAAAGUUGUAAGAA